AUGGGGAGCCCCAGAUUGGCAGCUCCGCUCCUGCUUCUCCUCCUGCUCCUCAUUGGCCUCUCUGCCUCGGCCGGAAUUGGCUGCCCCUACCUGCCCCGCUGGAGCACCCACUGUCUGCUGGCCUCCCACAUGGAAGACACUCUCACUGGUGAGUCUGCCCAUAUUCCUUGCCAUACCCAGUUGGCCUUUCCUGUGUCCCUAAAGCCUUGGUGUGCUCAGCUCUGGCUCUGCCCCUAUCUGUGCCUGCGUCUGGUGUCAGAUCCUUCAGGCCUCCCGGAGGGCUGGUUCCACCUCCUUGUGCAGAAAUACAAAAAGUCCUAUAAGUUCCAGUUCUGUAGGAGACACAAGAUGCCAACAUCUGCUCAGAGGAAGCUGCUGAGUAGCUGUUGCCUGUCUGAGAAGGGUCAUCACAUCGCUGUCUCCUCCCCAGACAUCUCUCACAAGGGGUUGCGCUCUAAAAGGACCCAACCUUCAGAUCCAAAGGCAUUGGAAGGUCUCCCCAGACCCAGCUCACAAAGGCAUGAAGGGCCCGAGUUCUCCUUUGAUUUGCUGCCUGAGGCACGGGCUAUUCAAGUCACCAUUCCUCCGGGACCUGAGGUCAGCGUGCGUCUUUGUCACCAGUGGGUCCUAGAAUGUGAGGAGCUGAGCAGUCCCUUCGACUCCCAGAAAACUGUGUCUGGGGGCCAUGCCGUAGAACUGCCUUAUGAAUUCCUUCUGCCCUGUCUAUGCAUAGAGGCAUCCUACCUACAAGAGGACACCGUGAGGCGUAAAAAAUGUCCCUUCCGGAACUGGCCUGAAGCCUAUGGCUCGGACUUCUGGAAGUCAGUGCACUUUACUGACUACAGCCAGCACAGUCAGAUGGUCAUGGCCCUGACCCUCCGCUGCCCGCUGAAGCUGGAGGCCUCCCUCUGCCAGAGGCAGGGCUGGCACACCAUCUGCGAAGACCUCCCCAAUGCCACGGCUCAAGAGUCAGAGGGGUGGUAUGUCUUGGAGAGCGUAGACCUGCACCCCCAGCUCUGCUUCAAGUUCUCGUUUGGAAAUAGCAGCCAUGUUGAAUGCCCCCACCGGACUGGUGAGCCGUUAACCCCAUCCUGGAAUGUUAGCAUGGAUACCCAGGCCCAGCAGCUGGUCCUUCACUUCUCUUCAAGGAUUCACGCCACCUUCAGUGCUGCCUGGAGCCACCAAAGCUUGGGGCAGGACAGCUUGGUGCGCCCCGUGUACAGCAUCAGCCAGACUCAGGGCUCAAGCCCAGUGACACUAGAUCUCAUCAUUCCCUUCCUGAAGCCAGGGAGCUGUGUCCUGGUAAGGAAUCCUGCCCUCACUCUGGGCUACCCUGGCUCACAGUUGGGGGGCUCUGUGCCCUCAGGUGUGGAGGUCAGAUGUUCAGUUUUCCUGGAAGCACCUCUUGUGUCCAGAUGUCUCUCAUAGACACCUGGGGCUCUUGAUCCUGGCACUGCUGGCCCUCGCCACCCUGUUGGGCAUUGUUCUGGUCUUCACCCGCCGGCGCCCACUGUCAGGCCCUGGCCGAGCGCGGCCGGUGUUGCUCCUGCACGUGGCGGACUCGGAGGCGCAGCGGCGCCUGGUGGGAGCGCUGGCUGA